UGUCAAGGUCUGUAAUUUCCAAAUUGAUAUUCACUUGCAUUAUCUUGUCUCAAAACACUUAAAACAACUAUAUCUUCCGUAAGAGUAUAAUAGUCGAAUAAAAUCGUUGUUAAUAUGAAAAUGAUUUUAGUUGUUCUGCUUGGUUGUUUUUUAGUUAAUAAUUUUGUUUGCCAAGUAGAUGCCAAAGUGUAUACCAAAUGUGGACUGGCACAGGAUUUGGUUAAGAUUGGAUUCGAUCGGUCCAUGGUUGGAAACUGGGUUUGCAUGAUAGAAAGUGAAAGUGGAAGAGACACAUCGAAACAGAAAGCUAAAGCUAACGGAGGGAAAGCAUUAGGAUUAUUUCAAAUAAAUAGUAAGGAUUGGUGCACAUUUGGAAAAGCGGGAGGAAAAUGUAAUGCUAAAUGCGAAGAUUUCCUUGAUGAUGAAAUUACCAAGGACGCUACAUGUGCAAAAAAAAUCCAAGCUGAGUUAGGUUUCCGGUACUGGGAUGGCUGGACUCAAAGCUGUUACGGUAGAUCAUACCCGUCCACCAUAGUUCCAUUGUGCUUUCCAACCGCGGGAUAGAUGGGAUUAGUAAAUAACAGAAUGUAUAUAAUAUCAUUAUUUCCGUAUAUUAAAGACCUUUUAAAACUA